AUGUCCGUUUUAGCAGUACACCUUCACUACGUCUCGUCGUCUCUUUGCUUCCCUCGACUUUCUUUUCGCUUCCUCUUCCCUCUUCCCUCUAGCCUCCUGUACCUCCUCCCUAUUCGUUUUGUCUGCGCUCGUCUCUUGCUUCGAUUUACCCUUCAGGUACAUGUGCCCAUUGCCAACUACCACGACUCCAUUUAUCCUAGAUUAGUAUUUGCGUUUAUGCAUCUCGAUGCAUCAAGUUUGGACCACGCAUCCUCACUCUUUCUCUCUCUCUCUCGAAUUCCAAUGCAUGUCCAUGUACCAGCUGUGCACAUUCAUACACUCUUUCAUCCUCAACAACGAAACCGCCACCGGAAGCCAUUUCAGCCCAGCCACCUCAACUACGGCUCAUUGAAAUCUGGGCCAUGCCGAUUUAUCGUCAGACCUUCAUCCUCGGGUUGCAUGUAA